UGCGCUGUCUGCAGUGGAGGCGGCGCGAACAGCAAGGGGGAGGCGGAUGGCUCUGCGGGGCCUGGCAGCCUCGGGGCCUGGCUCCCGCGGGCCGUUGGAUGAGGCGGUGGCGGCGGCCGAGGAGCGCGGGGCGCCGGCCGUGGUGGUGGCGGCGGGAGGCACGCCGGAGGACAACGAAGAGGAUGAGGGCCGCGGCCGGGGCCUGCUGCGCUGGGACGGCUUCUCGGCCUGGCUGCACUGCGUGUGUGUGGUGGGCUUCGAUCUGGAGCUGGGCCAAGCCGUGGAGGUAAUUUAUCCUCAACAUUCCAAACUUACUGAUAAAGAAAAAACCAAUAUUUGCUAUUUGUCUUUUCCAGAUUCAAAUUCAGGUUGUCUUGGAGAUACCCAGUUUUGUUUUAGAUUUCGACAAUCUUCUGGGAGGAGGGUGUCACUGCAUUGUCUCCUGGAUCAUUAUGACAAAGAUUUACCAGUUUACUUAAAGAAGGAUCCUGCUUAUUUUUACGGAUAUGUGUAUUUCCGACAAGUUCGAGAUAAAAGUCUAAAAAGAGGCUACUUCCAGAAGUCCUUGGUUUUGAUCAGCAAACUACCUUAUAUUCAUUUUUUUCACACUGUGCUCAAACAGAUAGCACCAGAAUAUUUUGAAAAGAGCGAACCUUAUUUGGAAGCAGCUUGUAAUGAUGUUGACCGAUGGCCUGCCCCAGUGCCAGGGAAGACAUUAUACCUGCCUAUUAUGGGGGUUGUAAUGAAGGUACGGAUUCCCACAUGUCAUGACAAGCCUGGGACAACUCAAAUAGCGCAGUUAACUCAGCAGGCAGACACACAUAUAUCUGUUAUUUUACCUACUGUUCAUGAGGUGGAUCUUUUCAGGUGUUUCUGCCCGGUUUUCCUUCAUAGUCAGAUGCUUUGGGAGCUGGUCCUGUUGGGGGAGCCCCUCGUGGUCAUGGCACCAUCACCAUCAGAGUCAUCAGAGACUGUAUUGGCACUUACUAACUGUAUUUCUCCAUUGAAGUACUUCAGCGACUUCCGACCUUAUUUCACAAUUCAUGACAGUGAAUUCAAAGAAUAUACUACUCGUACUCAAGCCCCGCCUUCAGUUAUCUUAGGAGUAACCAACCCUUUUUUUGCGAAAACACUCCAGCACUGGCCGCACAUUAUUCGAAUAGGAGACCUUAAACCUGCAGGUGAAAUUCCUAAGCAGGUUAAAGUGAAAAAAUUGAAGAACCUAAAGACUCUGGAUUCUAAACCUGGAGUUUAUACUUCUUAUAAGCCAUAUCUAAGUAGAGAUGAAGAGAUCAUAAAACAAUUACAGAAGGGUGUACAACAGAAACGUCCUUCUGAGGCUCAAAGUGUUAUUCUCCGACGCUACUUUUUGGAACUGACACAAAGCUUCAUCAUUCCAUUGGAAAGAUAUGUGGCAAGCUUGAUGCCUUUGCAGAAAAGUAUCUCUCCAUGGAAGAGUCCACCCCAAUUAAGACAGUUCCUUCCAGAAGAAUUUAUGAAGACACUUGAGAAAACAGGACCUCAGCUGACCUCUAGAAUAAAAGGCGAUUGGAUUGGACUUUACCGGCAUUUUCUGAAAUCUCCAAAUUUUGAUGGUUGGUUCAAGACCCGGCGGAAGGAAAUGACCCAGAAAUUGGAGGCACUCCAUUUAGAAGCUCUUUGCGAAGAGGAUUUACUUCUCUGGACCCAGAAACACACAGAAGUAGAAACAGUAGACCUUGUACUGAAGCUAAAAAAUAAGCUGUUGCAGGCUGAUCGAGAGCAUUUACCUGUGAAACCUGACACUAUGGAAAAGUUACGGACACACAUAGAUGCAAUUAUCUUAGCAUUGCCGGAGGACCUACAAGGCAUACUGCUCAAAACGGACAUGACAUGACAUUUGCUAGGAUUUUCCAGCCAAAAAGGAUUGUGCACCGUGAAGCAUACUGACAUUUCAGCCCAACGCACAAAGGAGAUGUCUCAGCGUGGAAAAUAGCCGUGAAUGCUAGCUACAGGAUGGAAAGACUAUACUGACUAAACAGACCUUUUUAGUGCAUUAUUUUUAAAAAUGGAUACUGUGGUGGUUCCACUUUAAUACUGAAACACCGAAAGGCAUUUCUAUAUUUUUAAUCAUGUUCUAAAGUGCUCUUAUGAGAGACCUGUGGGGCCAUCAGUAUAAGUGAUUCCAAACUGCAGUGCUGGCAUUGCAGAUAUUUUUUUAAAGUGGUGCUGCUCUGCCCAAUCAUGUUAAAACUCAGGGGGAUAUAAAAAUAACAUUCACACUGGCUAGCUUCUUAAGAAGAAGAGACUAAUCUGUCCGAUGGUAGUUAGAAGUAAUUAAUGCUUUCGUAGUGCCUUCUGUUGUCCUACAUGUUUCACAAAGCUCAGCUGCUAGUCUUGAAGCUUUUUCUUAACUUGAUUAUGAUACGUAAUUUUAUAAGGCAUUCUUCUGAGUAAUCACUGCUUAAAGAUACCUUUCUUGCCUCCCAUCAUGUUUAUUAGUAGUGCCCUGGUGUGGUUUUUGUUUUGUUUUGUUUUGUUUUUAGUUGUCAUGUAGGUUUCAUUUCAUUAUAUUCUAUAUCAUUUCAAGUUUAAUGUUACCAGUUUCUCCAAAGGCAAGAAAGAAUCUAAUAUUAAUUAUGGAAGAGUUUAUUUCUUCUUACCACUUACUAGUUGAACCUGUUUAAGUUAAUUAGCUUGGAUGUUUUUUUAGAGACAUUCUAAUUGUAAACCUCAUAAUCAGCUAUUUUUUAAACUGAACUAUUCUCAUUUCAAAGGCAUUCAUAAACGUUUUACGUUAUAGUCAUGUAAGUGAUUAUAAGAUUAAUUUUCAGCAUUAUUUGUUUGGUAGGGUUUUUUUCCCCCAAAAUUAAUAUUUCUCAGAACAUUUUCCCUACUGUUGUUAGACAUGGGGACUUCUGCCUAAAUCACUGUUAUAGCUAGUUUUUUGUUGUUGCCGUUGUUUUGUUUGUUUCUGUUUUGUUUGAACAAUACCACCUUGCCAAAAAUAGAAGAUUGUGGUUUGGUAGAAUAAGGUUGCUUGGUUUGUGUUUGAAUAGGAGUGUCCUCCAGAAGCCACUAUUUAAAAUAGCCACACAUGACAUAGCACAUAUGUAAAUAGCUGUGUCUUGAAUUACCCUCUCAGCAACCAAAUUUAGUUGUAUGUGUUUGUAAAAGAAAUGGCUUCAGAAGCUGUCUCUUGUUUUCUGUUAAUGCAACUCUUAAGGGCACUCCUGACCCAGAAAGCCUCUUUGUGUUUGUAACUAUGGUAUUAUACCUAAAUGUGUCCUUUUCUCAUGGAUAUAGUCUCUUGAAGCAUACCUCAAAGUCAGAGAGAGAAUAUGGUAUUUGAAAGAAAUCAUUUGCCUUGGAUCAUAUGAGUUAUUUUGUGAAACAACAUUGUCCUUAUGGAAAAGGGGCAACUACUUUUAUACGCUAGAGUAUUUCAUAUCUUUCUGGGAAACCUUAUUUAGGUAUAAAUGGUCAUCUUAUUCUUUUUCAAAAAGGGGUAUUUUAAUAAUCUUACAAUUUAUAUGCAGUUUGUAAGCAGAAUUUGAAAGUUGUUAGUGUCAUAUCAAGGAUCUUUUAAAUUAUACCACUACAGGAUGUAUCAUUUCAAGUUUAUUUUGCACAGCUAAAGAGUAGCAAAGGAUGCCAAGUAGCAUAAUAACAGUAUCUUCCUAUUUACUGUAUUUAACUAAAACCUAACACAUGUUGAAAACCAUACCAUACUUACCUGGUUUACCUAUUAAUUUCAAAUUAUGUACUUCUAAAAUUAACUUAAAAUUGCAUUGGGAAUCUGAGAAAGACUGGUAACAAUUUUUUUGUGUGAUUUUCAGUGUUGUCCUUUUUUUUUUUGAGGGGA